AUGAAACAAAGCGUAAUAAAAACAUUAUUUAAUUCAAGAGUAUUUUACAUAUGUUUACAUUUGUAUACAUUUUUUUUAAUUUACGCAUUUGAUAACACAAUUAAUGAGAAAAUUAAUUAAUUUGAUAUAUUUUAUACCUUUAUAUAUCCAUUAUUGAUUUUAAUUUCAUUCAUUUUAUUUUGGAAUUGUGGAAAAAAUCCAGGAUAUGCACCAAUAUAGCCCAAAAACGAUAUAGAAGCAUCCCAAAAUAAUACAGAUAAAAGUUCAGAAUUAUUUAAUGGAAAUCAUGUUAGUGAAAUAGAACUUAAUUUAAUAAAUUAAUAAAAUUAAGAAAAAUAAGAUUAUAAUAAAUCAUUUGAAAACUCAGAUGCAUAAAGUAUAAUAUCUAACAAAAUUUAUUAGAGUUCAAAAAUUAAUUAAAACUAUUAAUUACUAAAAUAAAAUCUUCCAUCAUUAUUUUUUUGUGAAAAAUGCAAUAGAUAUUAACCUUUUAGAUCAAAACAUUGUGAUGAAUGUGAAAGAUGUAUUUGCAAAUAUGAUCAUCAUUGUUUUUGGAUUGGUGGCUGUGUAGGUGAAUUGAAUCAUAGACUUUUUUGGCUCUUUUUAUAUUUUUAAUUCAUAGUUAUUUAUCUUACUCUUAAUAAUUUUUUAGAUUCUAUUAAUUAGUAUUUAAUUGUUGAUGAAAAUGGAAAUGAGAUAUAUCUACUUGAAUAUCAUCUUUUUGGUUUUUUAUGGUAUUUUAUUUUUAUACCAUACAUUUCUUAUUCUUACAAAUUAAACAACAUGGGAAAGUAAUAAAAAACAAUAAAUUACGUAUCUUAAAAUAUACCCAAGAGGGUUUUAUCCGUUUAAUGAAGGAAUAAUUAAAAAUAUUAAGACUAUUUUUUUUCAUAAUGAAUAA